UGUUGAUCGUUGCUAAGGAAGUGAGCGCGUCGUGCCCAGGCCUGUUGCUAAGGAAGUGAAAGCCGGCGGUCAGUCAGCAUCCGGCGGCGCUGAGACAGACCGACAGACUGACCGACAGCAGCCGGCGCAGUAGAGGCAUGGCAGGUGAGGUGCCGCUCCCAUGAACACGGAGUGGGCUGCUUGUUAUACACCCGGGCGGUGGCCCUGCGGCGGGGCCUGUGGACUUGCGAAGCCUCCAUAUACAAAUCAGGGCACAGUCCUGGAGGAGACAGGGUGGUAAGUGGGAGUUCCAGCUGGAAAAGUGUGUUGAGCACCAGACUGAUUGCAGAAAUACAGGAUGUCAAAGCUGAAGAGCUCCGAGUCUGUGCGGGUUGUGGUACGGUGCCGGCCCAUGAACAGCAAGGAGUUAUCUGCUGGAUAUGAGAAAGUGGUAAAUGUGGACGUGAAGCUUGGUCAGGUGGCAGUAAGAAUUCAGAAAGGAGCCUCUAAUGAUUUGCCGAAAACCUUUACAUUUGAUGCAGUGUAUGAUAGUAACUCCAAGCAGGUGGAGUUGUAUGACGAGACAUUUAGGCCACUUGUGGAUUCAGUCUUGCUUGGAUUCAAUGGAACAAUCUUUGCAUAUGGCCAAACAGGAACUGGGAAAACCUUCACUAUGGAAGGCUUGCGGGGUGACCCUGAGAAAAGAGGGGUCAUACCAAAUUCAUUUGAACACGUAUUCACACACAUCUCAAGGUCCCAAAACCAACAAUAUCUGGUAAGGGCUUCGUACUUAGAAAUCUAUCAGGAGGAAAUCAGAGACCUUCUCUCUAAAGAUCAAUCUAAACGCUUAGAGCUUAAAGAAAGACCUGACACUGGUGUCUAUGUCAAGGACCUUUCCUCUUUUGUCACAAAGAGCGUAAAGGAGAUAGAACAUGUCAUGAAUGUGGGGAAUCAGAACCGUUCUGUUGGUGCCACCAACAUGAAUGAACACAGCUCACGCUCACAUGCUAUCUUCAUGAUCACCAUAGAAUGCAGUGAACUAGGACUAGAUGGUGAGAACCACAUUCGUGUAGGAAAGCUGAAUCUUGUAGAUCUGGCAGGAAGUGAACGGCAAACAAAGACUGGAGCUCAAGGGGAAAGGCUUAAAGAAGCCACAAAAAUUAAUCUGUCCCUCUCUGCACUAGGAAAUGUUAUAUCUGCCCUUGUGGAUGGCAAGAGCACCCACAUACCAUACAGAGAUUCUAAGCUUACCAGAUUGUUGCAAGACUCUCUAGGUGGAAAUGCCAAAACGGUCAUGGUAGCCAAUAUUGGUCCUGCCUCAUACAAUGUAGAGGAGACUUUGACAACUUUGCGCUACUCUAACCGUGCCAAGAACAUCAAGAACAAACCUCGAGUGAAUGAAGACCCUAAGGAUGCUUUACUGCGGGAGUUCCAAGAGGAGAUAGCAAGGCUGAAAGCACAGCUGGAAAAAAGGGUCGUGGUGAAAAGACGUAGAAGAGGAAAAAGAAGACCAGGUAUGGAGGAAUCGGGUGAUGAUGAAGAGGAAGGAGACUCCUAUGAGGGAGAGGAUGAUGUGGAGGAUAAAGAAGACUAUUGGAGGGAGCAACAAGAGAAGCUAGAAACUGAGAAGAAGGCAAUUGUAGAAGAUCAUAGUUUAGUGGCAGAGGAAAAACUGAAGCUUCUAAAGGAAAAGGAGAAGAAAAUGGAUGACCUAAAAAAAGAGAGAGAAGCCAUGGAAAUGUUGUCGGCCAAAGUAAAGGCCAUGGAGAGUAAACUUCUCGUUGGUGGAAAGAACAUUGUUGACCAUACAAAUGAACAACAGAAAGUCCUGGAGCAGAAGAGGCAGGAGAUUGCUGAGCAGAAACGUCGCGAGCGAGAGAUGCAACAGCAGAUGGAAAGUCGUGAUGAGGAGACCUUGGAGUUAAAGGAGACUUAUAGCUCAUUACAGCAAGAGGUUGACAUAAAGACUAAGAAGCUAAAAAAGCUCUUUUCUAAACUGCAGGCAGUAAAGGCUGAGAUCCAUGACUUGCAGGAGGAACACAUAAAGGAGCGGCAAGAGCUGGAGCAAACACAGAAUGAGCUUACCAGAGAGUUAAAAUUAAAGCAUCUGAUCAUUGAGAAUUUCAUUCCCAUGGAAGAGAAAAAUAAGAUGAUGAACAGGUGCUAUUUUGAGGAGGAGGAGGAUCAAUGGAAACUUCACCCAAUCAGCAGACUGGAUAAUCAGCAGAUGAUGAAACGCCCGGUGUCGGCCAUAGGCUAUAAGAGACCAUUAAGUCAACAUGCCAAGCUGUCAAUGAUGGUCAGGCCGGACCCCAGAUACCGGGCAGAGAACAUUGUUCUUCUGGAACUCGAUAUGCCAAGUCGAACAACCCGUGAUUAUGAGGGUCCAGCAGUUGCCCCCAAGGUCCAGGCUGCUUUGGAAGCUGCUCUUCAGGAUGAAGAUGAUAUUCAAGUAGAUGCCUCAACAUUUGAGAGUUCAGCUAGUAAAAAAUCCAAAGCCAGACCUAAGACUGGGCGAAGGACAGGCACAACCCCAAGCCCUUCUGGAUCUUCACAUUUCCCACAGUCAAGGGGUUUGGUUCCAAAGUAACUGAAGAAGAGAUUUCAUUGCACAGACUUGUGACUUUGUGAAUGAAGUAUUAGGAAGUACAGAACUGCACGGAGGGCAUAUCGUGCCCCAUCCUUACGGCCAGGCUUUGGAGAGGUGAAGUUAGGAAUAGCCCUUUCAGCAACCUAGCCACAGCGCCAGACCUCAGCGCUGCAGAACGCCUGUGCUUGGCAUGAAUUUGGCUUUGUGGAAAGUGUGUCUAUGUAAGAAUACAGCUUCAUUUUUAUUAAUAUAAGGAGAAGGAGACAAGAAGUGUAUACUGUUACAAAGAUAUAACAUGGGAGUAUUAUGUGUACAUAUAUAAUGUACUUGCAUAAAUACUCAUCUCUCUGCACUGAUCUCUCUGUUCCCAAACCUUUCUUUGUUGGUAUUUAUAGAUUUUUUUUACUUAGAUUUAUAUUUAGUCAUCCUCUUUUAUAAUGUAUAUUAGUGUAUUUUGCUUUUUUUUUUUUUCCCUUCCUGUGUUCACCAGUAGUGUGAGAUGGUAAUCACACGUUCACUCCAUACAGGCUGGAGAUUAGGAAUGGUCCUGCAGGCAAUUCAUUAGCUGGAUCCUGGGGCUGUGGACCUAAUUCAGCAUGAGUUGGAGGUGUGCAAAAAAAAUCACACAACUACAACUCUUUACACUAACAUGCGGGAAGACACCGGGCAUGUCCACCCCCCCCCCACCCCCCCUCCCUCGCUUACAUGCGAACGCCCUGCAUGUACACCAUACCCCCACCCCCCCUCCCUCGCUUACAUGCGAAUGCCUGCACAGCCUAGCUACAAAGGUAGAUGGCUACCCGCCGUGUUUAGGCUUGCUGUGGCUGCGUGUGAUGUCACGCAGGCGCCACUACCCGCCCCAUAAACUGUCCGCACCCCCAAAAUCGUGCGUCAACACCCACAAAACACGGAGUCCCGAGCCCCUGCGUUCUGAAGACCUUGCGCAAUCACCCACUGGCACCAAAUAGCGACUUCAGCACAAUAGCGACCCAUGCUGAAUCUGGUCCUGUGCUGUUUGGUAGAAAUGCCCAAUUUCAUAUGUCAUUUUGCUGCUCUGUAAUGUGAAUGCACAUGAUUUAAGAUUGAAUGUUUUCUCAAGUCUAUAACUACACACAGCACUUACUUGCUCCUGACACUAUUUUAGUCCAUUCAUACUCACUGCAAUGGUUUGUUCUUGUUUGUUUGCGGGCUGGAGAUGCAAUGUGAUAGGGAGAUGCUGCAGCUUUUCAGCCUUACCUAAAGAAGCCAUAAGUACUGUGAAUUUUCUACAAUAAUACGAUGCAGUGUAAUUGCUAAACCCAUCUAGUAAUAAGAAGGCAGAACUAUUUAUGUGUACCCUUGUCUGUUAGUGAAAGUAAAUACAAUCUCUACUGCACAGUCUUCUUACAUGGAAGAUUCCCAGCCUUCUCUUCCAACAGUGAUUCCCUUAUACUGUAUGAAUCAAUAUCUCACAGAAGGAGUGCUCUUCCCCUGCAUCAAAACCAUAGGGCUCUUUUUAGUAAAUAAAAUUCAGAAAAUGGUUUAAAAUUAUUGUAAGUUUCCUUAAUUUAAAUAAAAAGACAUUUUGGGACAGUGCACAUAAAAAGAACCUAUCCCAUUGGAGGGAAACCUGACUUUUGCUGUGCUUCUUUUGGUAUCUUCCACAAAUAUGAAAGAGGACAGCAUAUGUUUAAAGCCCAGAGAGCUGAACGUGCGGCAAGGGAGCCGAGAGAGCUGGAAGAGAACGGUCUCUUUCCUGCUCUUCAGUGUGAGCAGUUGUAAUGCUGGGUACACACUAAGUGACGGUGUGACCCCAGUGAUGUCCUGACGCGAUGUAACGAUAUAUCGUACCGCUGUACACACUGCACGAUAUAUCCUACGUCGGCGCAAUAUAUAUGUAUAUCCCACAUUGAACUGCAUGCUGUGGUCCCCAGAGUUAGACCAUAUUUCAUCCAGCACAUUAGAUGGGACAAUGCGCUGACGAUAUACUGUAUCAUUCUCAUCUGUGAUGGAACUGUAUAUUGUCCAAUAUGUGGCUUAGUGUGUACCCAGCUUAUUACCAUCCAGAGAUGCUGGUACAUAUUGGACAAAAUCGUGCCUUCUCUCCUUUAUGGAAAUACCAUUCCUGCACAGCCCACACUGAAAACUAUGGGGUUGUAGAACAGAUAAAUUAAAAGGCAUAGGAAUCAGUAAUUUCUCCUUACUUUUCACUGUACUAAAAAAUUAUAUUUACAGCUUUCUCCAGCAAAAACAUGCACAAUAUAAAUUGGAAAGCGGGCACUAAUACAUUUUUUUUUAUUUCAUAUGAUGCUUAUUAAAAAAGCAACCAUGAAUGAUACACAGGAGGCCAAAAUAUAAAAAAUAUAAGUACGUUUUAAUAAAAAGUACAAAUAAAAUAUCUUUGCAAAUGCACAUCUAGGAGAAAAAUAAUAGGGUGACUUGUUAACUGUAAGGAUGAGUGAUGGCUAAAGUAUUAUAAAAUCACCAGAAUAUAUGGAGUGUGGAACACUCAGUCCCAAUACCGAUAUACCUCCGUAACCAAUAUUCUUGUUUCCAGGACAUUCCUGUGCAGAUCAAAAGUCCCAAUAAUAAUGGAGGGUCCUGGUAAUAAGGGGAUGUAUGAAGCCAGGAACGUGUAUUAGCAAAACAUUACCCCUGUUUCUACUCGUAUUGCUUUGGGCGCGGGGAUCUCACACCAUCAUGCGGCCGCGUAAGCCACCUGUCGCAGAGAGCAGGAAAUCUCCGUCUUAUGACAGAGAUACCUGACUUCCCACCUUCUAAACAGCAGCGACACUCCUCUGUUUUCGCAAACUGAGGCCGUCACCGCCCUCCGACCGGCAGCAUACUGCUGCCUUCCUGCUUCCAACGUUGCAAGACCCAUUCGCGCAAGGGCAGAAUGGGUCAUCUGCAUAAGCAGAGUACCGAAACAGCUGUACUUUGCACAUGAUAGCUCAUGUACAGCCGCACCUGAAUGAUCCCCCUGCGUGCUGAAGCUUAUUCCCAAGGCUUUGUGUGGGUCUUGUCUGUGUGCCAGCUUCCAGUAUAUGCUACAGUUUAGUUAAAUAAAUGGGUAACCACCAUACACAUCAAAGCCAGAUAUAUCCAGACCCUGCAGAUAGCUGUGCUAAUAAACAAUAGAUCAAGGGUGCGGAAUACAUACUGUAACAGGAGUCUUGCUAGAAUGUGCUCUGCUACAAAAAUUCCACCAGCGACCGACUCCAGGCUUGUGCAAAAACAACAAAUACCUUUUAUUCAGGUACUGUAGCUCAAAAACAAAGAUCUACAUAAACAAAGAUCACUGCCUUUAGUAUAAACUGCCAUGGAGGUUAGACCCUGCCUUACUCCCUCUUAAUAAGGAACCCUUCAGGUCCCGGCAUCCUGACACUAGUGCCCCAGUCUUCAAGAUCCCACUGUCCCUAGCAGGCCUAUCACUUGGACACUGCCUUCAGGAGCCCUGACUCAUGGGAGAGACUCUACUUUAAACCCAGCACCCAGGUGCUGGCUGAUGAAGCAGCUUCUUGGGCUAAAAAGCCUGUAAGACCUGGUCUGGGCCAAAUGGAUGGUAACCCGGUCCAUCCACACUUCCCAUGCACCCCCAGGAACCUGUGUGUAGCUUACAGGUGGCAAAGUAACUCUCCUGCCACAUACCCUUUCCCUCCAGCUUUUCGUGGCUCAGAAAAGCGGCAUGUGACAUUGGCAAAGUUUCACUUUCGCCAAUUAUUUUGGGCUGACAAAUCUUUGGGACAUAACUUGGUCCCAUACACCUGGGUCCCAAGUUUCUCUCCCAAGUACACAUCUGAGGCCCUUUUAACUGGCCUUGGAAUCUAUUUCCACUAAAGGUUGGUGGCACUAACUCCACUGUGCCACCUUCCCUUUCCCUCCACUUUGGCAUAGUGGCAAAAGUGGUCAUUUUAAUGGACAACUUCCUGUUGCCCACUAAACUUGCCCUUCUCUUCACCUUUCCACCUUUAGGGAUGUUUCCCUUAUCGGGCUCGGAUUUACUGGCUACUGAGGAAGUCGCUUCAUUCUUUUCUGGAUGUUUGAGACACCUGACAUUUAACCAACUCUGGACUGGGGAAGGUUUUUAAGUUCACUCUGGGCCUACUAGUCACCCCAGCCCUCAAUGGUCUUGGCCUAUAUGGAUAAUUCCACCUUUUAUGGCCAAGCUCUUGGCACCGGUAACACCUAGUCUCUGCCCUGACUUUAAUUGUUCUGAGGUCAUGGUCCAAUUUUGCCCCCACCCCUUCCCUCAGAGUGAGGCACUGGUCCCGAAUCUCGGAAAGUCCUUACAUUUGUUGAACUUUUAGUGCUUCCUUCAGUCUUUCCAGGUUUGAUAACAUUUCCUUCAUUAACGUGACUGCUUCAUCCUCCGAUCUCCCAUCUUUGACCCUAGUCCCGACUCCUGCCGUUCUAUGACUGGCACAUAACCCAUUUUGAGUCUCUUGUCCAGGUCUCUUAUUCAACUCCGUAGUUUAGGCAUCUCCUUCACUGUUUCUUUUAACUGGCUGUUACUUAGGGCCAGCUUUUGGAUCUCUCCCCUCAAAUUUUCCAGCUCUCGUGUCUCAUAUAGAGAACUCUCCCUGGGUAGAGCAACCUCAGAAAUAGGACUCUACAUCGAUUCCUCUGAGACAGGUUCUUGCUCUUUACUUAGUGUGUCCUUUUAUGAACUGUCCCAGUUCAGAAAUUGGAACUUGAACCUCUCGUGGUGGAUCAUGCCGGGGCACAGCAACCCCAAGAUCGAAAUCUUGCACCUUAUCCUCCUCAUACACGAGGGGAACCCCUUCAGAAGCAGGUUCCUGGAUGACUUCGGAAGUGGACUCCUGUAUUGCAACUAGCUUAGCCAUGACUAUCUCACAUAGGCGAGACUCCUCCAAAGGUACGGUCUUUGUGAUUCAUCAGAGAAAGUCUCACGUGCACUGGUUGUCCAGAACCGGGAGCUUCUGAACCUGUGAUGUCCCAUCGGGUAUUAUCUUCUGAACGUACAUCACAUCAACAGGAGAAGGAUCCUGGGUUUCCAAUACCUCAACAGAACCAAUCUCCAGCUCAGAUAAGACUUCCUGUUUUAGGAUGGGCUCUUGAGUAGUCAUCAAAUUGCCAUCUGUCCAUGUAGAUUCCUGGGGUUCAUCAUUCUGCCACAGAUCCAGCAGAUUAGAGGAUUCUUGUUUUGGAGGUGGAUGAUCACUUGACAUCAAGUCAACCUCUCCCAGCUCCAUUACCGCUUCCUCCUAACUCCCUGUCAACUGAGGAGCAGCCAGGAAAUCCCACAUCAUCUCGUGUCUCCAUAAACAUCUACUGUGAGCCCCUGUGGCUGCCAUGCUCCAUCUUGAACAGGUUCCACUGAACUUAGGACUUUGUUCCACUCUUCACCCAAGCUACUAUGACAUUUUUUCCCCAGAGAAUGAGGUGGUCCUGCUUUGGAGGAACUUCACAGCCGUCCUAGGGGUUAACAACAAAACACUGCCAUCUGAUGUGGCUCUCUCUCUCUUGCUGCUUGCAAAAUUCCCGUUGAUUUUCUGUGUGCUGCGCAAUAAUGGCUGCAGCCUCCUCCAUGCUCGAACGGCAAUACCAACUGAAUGGACAUUAGUGCCUGUAAAUGCUCUACCUCUGAGGAAGGGCCCUCAUUUCCACUUUCCAGGCAGAUGGCCUUACUAGUGGCAUAGCAGGGAGCCUGCCGGGCCUUAGGCACUGGCAGCUCUGGCUCAACUUUCCUGUUCCUUCUGGCUGGAACAGGGAUCCAGUAUAGCCUGUUUCCAAUACAGUAUGGUACCAUUCUUCCGCAGCCUGCAGCACAGUUGGCAUUUCCCCCGAAGAUGGCAUCUCCACUUCGGCUGAUAAUGUCUAUGACCCAACCUUUGGCAUAACGUCUUCAGCAAUUGAUGUAGCUACGCCUGUGUCUGAACUGAAACUAGGCAUAGCCAGUGGUUUUAGCUUAGAAACCUCCUCCUGAAGCUCCGCUAAGUCUUGCGACAGAGCCUUAUUGGCCAGCACCAAAAUCUCAUACUGUGUCUGGUCACAGGAUAUUUCCUCUAAUCGUCCUUGGCUAUGUACUACAAAGUUUUCAGAUCUGGGUUUAGCCUUUGCCAAGGUUUUCUGCAACUCUGACACCUGGCCUGAGAGCUUGGCAAUCUCUUCUGUACUCCUUCCCAAUUUGGUCAGAGUCUCAGACAAAAGAGAUUCCUUCUCCUCCAGCUUUUGCGUUAAGGUGUUCCCUGGUAGUGUAAAUAAAUAACUUCUCCCUUCAGGCUCUUUAAACUAGAACUCAGGGAUUGCUGGGACAAAUAGUGCCACCAAAAUUUCUCUAUUGAAAUAGAACCACAUUUAUAAAAGGUUUCAACUUUGCUUGAUUGGUCUUAAUGAGCUAAUUAACAGGGACAUCAUACUCCCAUUACCAGAUUUUGCAGGCACAGGUAAAAAUAAGCUUGGAAUAGAAAUUCAAUCAUAAAUUAUCAGUUGCUUGCAACCCCUUAGAGCAAAUUAGCACAGCUACUUUCAAUGAAUGGUGCAAAGCAUAUAAGACAGAUCAUGCCAUGCACCCUGUUUAACCUCUUUGCUGCCAAUACAAACCUUUGCACCAAAAUCAAACACAUUCAGUUUAAACAAAACACAUCAUUAUUUUUACCCCGUGGGAUUGGGUUUAACCACUACUCACAACACCCUUGGUUUGGUACUGAUGCCCACGAGUUCAGCUUGGUCUGGAGUUCGCUGGUAUGUGUGCCGCUACUUGGCAGAUGUUGGGUCCUCUGCCACGUGUGACACGACUAGCAGAAGGGUCCCUGUUCAGGUGCCAUUUGUAACAGGAGUCUUGCUAGAAUGUGCUCUGCUACAAAAAUUCCACCAGCAACCGACUCCAGGCUUGUGCAAAAACAACAAAUACCUUUUAUUCAGGUACUGUAGCUCAAAAACGAAGAUAUACAUAAACAAAGAUCACUGUCUUUAGUAUAAACUACCAGGGAGGUUAGACCCUGCCUCACUCCCUCUUACUUAAUAAGGAAUCCUUCAGGUCCUGGCAUCCUGACACUAGUGCCCCAGUCUUCCAGAUCCCACUAUCCCUAGCAGGCCUAUCACCUGGACACUAACUGCCUUCAGGAGCCCUGACUCAUGGGAGAGACUCUGCUUUAAACCCAGCACCCAGGUGCUGGCUGAUGAAGCAGCUUCUUGGGCUAAAAAGCCUGUAAGACCUGGUCUGGGCAAAAUGGAUGGGAACCCGGUCCAUCGACACUUCCCAUCCACCCCCAGGGCCCUGUGUACCUCUUCUGCCACAAUGCGUAUUCCCGGCGGAUGGGAUGCCGGCUGUCUGUAUCCCUGACAGCGGCAUCCCGGCCACCAGAUUGCCGGCAGCGGGGCAAGUGCAAAGAGUCCCCUUGCGGGCUUGCCGCGCUGUGGGCAUGGUGACUCGCUGCGCUCACCACAGGUUUUAUACCCACUCUAUGGGUAUCGUGGACACCCACGAGUGGGAAUAGCCCCUGUGCACCGGGAUUCUGGCUGUUGGCAUUGUCAGCUGUCGGAUUUCCGGCGCCGGUAUUCUGUCCGCUGGGAUCCCUACAGCUGCCAAGUUAACUGCAUCCCAAUGAUACAAAUACCUUACCACUUCUCACUCCAAGGUGGUGUAAAUCAGUCCACAACUCCAAAUAACUAACGCAUUGUGGGGGCAAUUCAGAGUUGAUCGCAGCAGCAAAUUUGUUAACAGUUGGGCAAAACCAUGUGCACUGCAGGUGUGACAGAUAUAACAUUUGCAGAGAGAGUUAGAUUUGGGUGGGUUAUAUUGUUUCUGUGCAGGGUAAAUACUGGCUGCUUUUUUUAUACACUGCAAUUUAGAUUUCAGUUUGAACACACCCAACCCAAAUCUAACCCUUUCUGCACUUGUUUCCCUUGAAAACUUUAUGAAAACAAAUUCUGUUGUGUGUGUAGAAUGUAGAGCCUCUUUUUACGCUCCUUCCUGGUGGAGUAAUUCAUACUUAAUUCAGCAGCAGUUCUGCUUCCCUAUAAUCAUUCUCUACCGUUACGGCAAAUGACAUGCAAAACAAAUAUAUGUAUCUGUCAAACAAUCACAAAUGACAAUAAAAACUUAGUCAUAGUUAAAUUAUUGGUCUCCUGUUGAAUAGUCUUAUAUAGAUAUUAAUGAGGGAAAGAUUAUUUCAUUUUACCAUUUGUUAAUGCUGUUAUCAAAUCUAGCAAUAACUGAUCAAACUGAGAUGUAGUCAACCUGAAAUAUCCAAUUUGUAAUUGUAUAAAAUGUACACUGUUUUUUUUUUUUUUUUUUCUUCUCUUAUUCUAAAAUGCUGUAGAAAAGCUGUAUUAAGUUUUACUAAACAAACCCCAAAGUC